GCCGGCUCCACGUCUCGCUCUCUCAGAAGUUCCGCAACACCCGAUAACUUAUCAACAAAUAAAUGUAUGACUUCAUCGAAUAAACCGACUUCGAUGCUUGUCUCUAGCAUUCAGCAAAAGUGUAGUGAAGUUUGACAAGUUUUGUGAAGUGUAGUGAACUUGUGGAAUUAAUCAUGAAUGGUGCCCCGGCGAGACGACCUAAGAGCGCCUUCUCCGAAAUGGGUGUUCGGAUAAAGGAGGUGUCGGAGGGGCGGCCCUGCGACAACUGCCCAGAGUUAUGCCCCGGAUUCAUUCCUCAUGCUUGGAGAAAAACCUGCAAGUCAUGCGGCUGCGAUCGUCUGCAACACUCCGUGUACCACGAGGAGCUGGACUCCGUGCGAGACCGGCUCGGGCUGCGAGACCGGCCGCAGAUAGGCCUCGGUCUGGACUCGCCGCCCGGACUCACUCACAAGCAGACGGAACUGUACUGGGCUUCGUUGGCGGAACGUGCGCCGAGCAACGUAGGUGGCGCCACUGGGGCGGCAGCGUGGCGCGCCUGGCGAACUAGAGCGCUCGCCACUCAGCUGCCGAAGCAAGACUUAUCUCUCUCACACUGCCGACACAUCGAUGAAGUCCACCGCAAGCAGUUUGAAGACUUUGUCGCUGCUAGGAAUGAAAUAGCUCUAGAUAUAGGUGUUGCUGGUCAGCAUCUUAACGCGCCAGUGGGAUGUUUAGGUUGCGACAAGCCUAUUCGGAGCGGAAGUAUCUCUAUCUGCGCACCGCGGUUAGGUCAAGAGGCGUUGUUCCACCCAGCAUGCUUCUCCUGCUCGGAAUGCGACGAGCUGCUGGUGGAGCUGGCGUACUGCGCGCUGGACGGCCGGCUGUUCUGCGUUAGGCAUUACGCUGAGCGGCUGAAGCCGAGGUGCCAUGCUUGCGAUGAGCUAAUUUUCAGUGGCGAAUACACCAAGGCGAUGAACAAGGACUGGCACAGCGGGCACUUCUGCUGCUGGCAGUGCGACGAGUCGCUGACCGGCCAGCGCUACGUGCUGCGCGAUGAGCACCCCUACUGCAUCAAGUGCUACGAGAGCGUCUUCGCCAACGGCUGCGAGGAGUGCAACAAGACCAUCGGCAUCGACUCCAAGGACCUGUCGUACAAGGACAAGCACUGGCAUGAGGCAUGUUUCCUGUGCGCCAAGUGCCGCGUGUCGCUGGUGGACAAGCAGUUCGGCUCCAAGCUCGACAAGAUCUAUUGCGGCAACUGCUACGACGCGCAGUUCGCCAGCCGCUGCGAUGGCUGCGGUGAAGUGUUCCGCGCCGGAACCAAGAAGAUGGAGUACAAGACCCGGCAGUGGCACGAGAAGUGCUUCUGCUGCGUGGUGUGCAAGAACCCCAUCGGCACCAAGAGCUUCAUCCCGCGCGAGCAGGAGAUCUACUGCGCCGGCUGCUACGAGGACAAGUUCGCCACCCGCUGCGUCAAGUGCAACAAGAUCAUCACGCAAGGCGGCGUGACGUACAAGAACGAGCCGUGGCACCGCGAGUGCUUCACGUGCACCAACUGCAACACGUCGCUGGCGGGCCAGCGGUUCACGUCGCGCGACGAGAAGCCUUACUGCGCCGAGUGCUUCGGCGAGCUGUUCGCCAAGCGCUGCACGUCGUGCGCCAAGCCCAUCACAGGCAUCGGCGGCACCCGCUUCAUCUCGUUCGAGGACCGCCACUGGCACAACGACUGCUUCAUCUGCGCGCAGUGCAAGACCUCGCUGGUCGGCAAAGGCUUCAUCACCGACGCCGCCGACAUCAUCUGUCCCGAGUGCGCCAAGCAGAAGCUCAUGUAAACACACACACACACACACACCCAACGCCAAGUCGACUAACGAACGCCAACGUAGCAAACAAAGUUACGCGCUUUCAUUAAACAAAAUAGCGUCGGAUUUGGUACAUUCAAAUUUCAAAAUUGGAAUUUGCUUUGAAAAUAAACGCGCUUUCAUUUUGUGUCAUUGUUAACGGCACGCAAUUUCAUUUAAUUUAGCUAUUAAGGAAAUAAUUUGCAUGACUUAUUAAAGUCUGAAUGUACGCUCACUCGACCAUUGUAACACCACAAUUGUACUACAUUUAAAGCAAAUAAAUAAAUUUCAAUUUCAAUUUCGCAAAUGCUUUUUUAUAAUAACAGCACGAUUUUAGUUUAGCCAAACUGAUUCGUGUUUUAAUUUGUGGUGCAGCGAAAAAACCGUACUGCCGGUAGUUGCUAGCGCGAAGGACUGGGUCGAGUCGGAGGGACGCGACCCGCCGAGAGACCUGUUCGACCUUGUCAACGUAACCAACUUCCGAAAGGGCAAAUACAAUUAGUCUGACCGAAGCGUUGCUAACCGAUAUUUUUAUACAAAAAUUCGAGAAAAUUAAAAAAAAAUAAAGUGGAUGCACAAAUGUAUGAGUAUUUAAUUUUGCUUUUCUACUGGUUUUGUUUAAGGUGUUUAUAUAUUUUGGCUGUAAGCUUCAGUUGUCACUAAUCCAGUGAUCCAUCCACGCCUAUUUAUUUAGGAUCGUUAUACAUAUGUAUUUAUACGCUAAUUGCCAUACAAUUUUGCUUUAGCUGUUGUAUUAGUCCCUUAGAUUUUAUUGUCAAUUUACCUAGUGCUAUUCACGCGAUGCCUUAAUAACAUAUCUAAGUCAAUUUCGAGGGUAUAUAUGAUUUGUGUUGUACAUGUAUUUCGACGAUAUAAUUUACAACAUAAUUAAGUCUGGCAUUACCGGACGUCAUCUAUCUAAGAGUGCAAACAUAUCUUUGCCGGUAACAGAGGUGCUGCGCUCAAAUCAGUUAGCAGCGACAUUAGUUUAGUCACUAGCAAAGAUAGAUUUGCGGUUAAUCUGUAUAGAUCGCCAAGUUACUAUGACGAUAGUUGACAGCUAUUGUAGAAGCUAUAAAAACAUCUUUUAAAGUAUUAUUAAGCUUCCAAUAGCUUUCAAACCGUCAUCAAUUUGGAUUGAUAAGUGCUUGUUAUUGUUUAAAACUCGUAACAUAGAGUAAGAAUUGACAUUUUUAAUGAUAUGUGUUAUACUUGUAAGUAUUUAUUUACCUAUACGGGAGUAGGUACGCAUUAUUGCGAGGGCGGCCGCUUGAGGUGGUCGCGCCGGCGAGCGCUUCCUAACACUUAAAUGACGUUUCGUCAUAGUUUUUACUAAUAAAAAAAUAAUAAAAUAUUUUUGUUCUCGAAUUAGAAUUACUCGUGUUACAAUAAUAUAAUUGAAUGUUAUUGCUAUUUUUACAAGGUAAUAUUAUAAAGUAGGGUAACAUCUGUGUUGAAUGAGACCACGAUCAGGGAUCACUUAUGGGUACUUGUUAAAGGAUAAAUUAUUAGAAUGUUGAAAAUAUAAAUUUGUAUUAAUGUGUACACUUUUAAACUGUUUAGCUGUGUGAUCUGAUCUAAUUUAAAUCUUUGUAUCUAUCUACUCAUAGAUUGUAUAAACUACGAAACUGAAUAAACCAUUAAAAGUA